UACGCCUCUGCCGGCAUCCGCGCGCGUGUACGCCGAGCUAGCCAAAACGGGCCAGGCUAGGCGUUUCACAAGCUUGCGCGCUCUUAUUUCAAGAUCUACGAUCGAUCAAAAACAUCGCUGGCCGUAUACGUGCGCUGUCUCAGCCGAUCAGCUCUCCCAGCUCAGGAGAUCCAACAAGUCGACAGCCCUCUCCGACAGCUCUCGCAGCUCCGUAAACCCAUAAAAGAGAAAUGGCCCGCACCCUCGCCCUCGCGCUGCUCUGCGGAACCGCGGUCGCCUUCGGCGGCCCGCGCCACACCGCGCGGCCGCGGCGGCGCACCGCGUUAAAUGGAGAGACCGUGCGCGUCAAGUUCCGCAUCUACCCCGACGGCCGCGUCGAGGAGACCGUGAGCGGGAUUAGAGGAAGCGACUGCACAAAAGUCACGGAAGAGCUCAACGAGAAGCUGGGAAAGGUCACGCAGACGAAGCCGACCGAGGAGAUGUUCCAGGAGAAGGUCGACGUCAAGACGGAGGUCUUCGACCAGAACUUCAGCGAGUGGUAGUAAGAUACAAUUAUGUUUAUCA